AUGAAGGAUUCGACAGUGUGCCAUGUGCCGGAAGCAUUUCCGACUCCACGGCAGGUCCUGCCACCAGACCAUCGAACACACGAACUUUACGUUCGCGAGCUGAAUGCUUACCUCACCUUGGUGGCAAAGCAUCCGCAGGCUUUCCAGAACAAGGUGGAGAUGCGCCUCCGUGAUCGUUUGGGCGCAUGCUCCGUGGGAAAGCAGGAGUGGCAGCAGGAACCAGCCACUUCGCAUGAUGUGGAGUGGGUCUCUGUCGGUAUAUAG